AUGCGAUUGAUCACAAGCGGGUACCGCCUGUGCUUCCAAGCUAUAAAGGAGAACUCGAGAUUAAUCACUUAUAGAAGAUCAACUACUGAAGAUGCCGUUGAGAUAGCUACGCGACUAACUCAUGGAGAACAGAAGUUGUUGCGAAAAGCUCUGGAAGAUGUAGGCAGGGAACAAAAAUCUACUACGGUACCGUUAACAACAGAUCAAUGUCGAGCUCUUUUUUGGGUUAAUGCUAUACCAUUCAUUGCUUUUGGUUUUUUGGACAACAUGAUCAUGAUCUUUGCUGGGGAAUUUAUUGACCAAAAGUUAGGCGUUUAUCUGUGUAUAUCGACAAUGGCAGCCGCCGCCCUGGGUAACUUGGUUUCUGACGUUGCUGGUGUUGGACUAGCGCACUAUGUGGAAAUACUAGUGAAUAAAGCCGGUAUAAAACAUCCUGCACUAAAUCCUCAACAGCUUGAGAGCAAUAAAGCGCGGUGUACCACUCAUAGCGCUAGAGCUUUAGGACUGAGCUUGGGUUGUAUAAUUGGAAUGUUUCCUCUUUUAUUUUAUACCGAUCAGAAAAAUGAUUGA